CUGUAAACUGUAAGUUGUAACAGACAAUUCCGUGACAGAUAAAAUUGUGUCUUCGUAAAGCUGUGCAACCUGAAUUGAAAAUCUUCUGACUUAUCCAUUUUUCACAUCCAUUAAAUCGCCAUUAACUUUCUUAUUCGGCAUCAUCAUUUCUCAAUUGUUAUUCUCGUAGUUUCUACUUUAUAGGGUUUCCACCUUCUAAAUCAGAGAAAACUUGUUCAUUAUCUUCAAUCCCUGAGAUUUAAAUCGAAGAAACAGAAAUGGUGAUUGAAGAAGAAUUUUCUUCUUCUCUUUCGACUCCUCCUUUGUCGGCCACUAAUUUUCGUCUUUUUGAUGAAAUGGAGCUACUUGAGUUCAAGGAUAAGUUUGUGAUUAGAGCUGUUACUUCUCCUGAUCAUGGAUUCUCCGCAAAUUUCUUUAAUGGCGAUAUUCAGCCACUUCACAGUGAUGAUGUUGUGGAAAACCCUGUCAAGACUUCUAAAAUAUGCGGUGUAGUUGGGACCAUUCGUUUAGUUGCUGGUAUGUAUAUACUUGUAAUAACAUCCUCUAAGGAAGUGGGCAAAUAUUACGGUUUCCCUAUUUUCCGAGUUGAAUCUAUGAAAUACUUGCCUUGUAAUAAGGCUGUAAAGGAAUUAGGUACUCAGGAAAAAAAAGAUGAGGCAUACUUUAGAAAUUUAUUGAGAGUUGUGGAAUCUACUCCAGGAUUAUAUUAUUCCUACGAAACUGAUAUAACUGUGAAUUUACAGAGAAGGUUGAAGUUGGCAGAAGGGUGGAUGACCAAACCAAUUUGGAAGCAGGCUGAUCCCCGAUUUGUAUGGAACAGAGCUCUUCUGGAUGAGCUUAUUGAGUGUAAGCUUGAUGGAUUCAUUAUGCCUCUGGUGCAAGGAAGCUUCCAAACUGCAGAGUUAACAUUAAAAAAUGUUCCUGUUACCAUAACAUUGAUAUCAAGACGAUGCACGCGGCGGCUAGGUACCAGAAUGUGGAGAAGGGGAGCUAACUUGGAGGGAGAUGCAGCUAAUUUCAUUGAAACAGAGCAGUUGCUGGAAUCAAAGGAUUUCAGGUCAUCCUUUUUGCAGGUCCGAGGUUCAAUCCCACUUCUUUGGGAGCAAAUUGUGGAUUUGAGCUACAAACCACGAUUGAAUAUUAUCAAUCAUCAAGAUACGUCAAAUAUAGUGGAGCACCAUUUCCUUGAUUUAUCACAAAGAUAUGGGGAGAUAUUGGCACUAGACUUAACUGAUGAACAUGGUGAUGAAGGGAAACUUAGUAGUGCAUAUGCUGCUGAAAUGGAAAAGCUGCCAAACGUUAGAUAUGUCGCCUUCCGCUUCCACAGCAUAUGUGGUAACUCAAAUUUUGAUAAACUGCACCUUCUCUACGAUGAUAUAUCAGAAGAUUUUGGAAACCAGGGGUAUUUCCUUGUUGAUUCAAACGGAAAAGUGCUGGAAGAACAAAGGGGAGUCAUUAGAUCUAACUGCAUAGAUUGCCUUGAUCGAACAAAUGUUACCCAGAGCUAUCUUGCUCGAACAUCAUUAGAUAUACAGUUAAGGAGAAUUGGCAUAUUUUCUCUUGAAGAUACCAUUUCUACCUGUUCUGAUGAGUACAACAAGUUUAAAAUCUUGUGGGUUGAACAAGGAGAUGAGUUAAGCAUAGAAUAUACGGGUACCCAUGCCCUCAAGAGAGACCUCGUAAGAUAUGGAAAGCAGACUCUUGGGGGACUUAUUACAGAUGGAAUGAGCGCACUUUCAAGAUAUUAUCUGAAUAAUUUUCAGGAUGGUGUCAGACAGGAUGCAAUUGAUCUCAUCAGUGGUCGUUACUCUGUUGGCAGAAAUAAUCCUUCACCGUUUCAACUUAAUGCCUUCGAAUCCCUUUCAUAUCUUCCGGUGGCUUCAGCCUUGUUGAUCGGAGGCCUGACAUUUACAUCAUUUUCGCUUAACCAAGUGGGUCGGAAUGCACACCAGUUUGUGUCGUCUGUUCUCUGGGCUGGUGUAACCGCUGGAGUUAUGGCGCUGGUGAAAGCCAAUGGAAGACAAUUUUGUAGUAGGCCUCGUCUUUGUGGCCUAAUAUGAAACCUUCAAACAAAUUGCCAUAUUAAAGGCUUACACUAUUGUAUAAUAUUACACUUAUUGUAAUAUAUUAUUAGAUCAUUAUACAAGUAUACUACCAGUA